CGAUGGCCAAGCUCCACAACUCACCCAGGAGAUCUUCGCUACUAUCCGAGGAAGGAAGCCAUCCCUGCAUCCCUCACCCAUCUCACCAUGUGAUGCCGCACACCUCAGACACUUGCCGACUCAUUAACUCGCACCGUCACGAUCCGUCGCAUCCGCCAACAUGCUUCCAGGCAAGCCGCGGACCCUUUGGUGUGUCGACGAGCCUCGGGAUGAUGCAAAGCGCGCGCGAUAGUGUCGUAACCCUGUGCGAUGAUGAAGCUAGUCGACGACGCCAAUAAAGAGCCCGAUUCACUUGUGUCGAGGGCUACGUCACCGCUGGCCAGCGCUCAUAAACAAGCUCGCCAGGCCUCUUUUCACUGCGCGUUGGACACGCAGCUAGUUACGUCGAAUCAUCCCACUGUAAUAGCACCAUUAUCGUGCAUCCUAAUCUUAAUAAACACUCACCCUUGCGACAACCUCUCCAUUGGGCGACUUUUCAAAAAUGGCAGUGGCUAGACCUAUCCUCGCCUUCAGUUCGCUGAUACUGGUCGCUGGUGGCCUGCUCUUCCAAUUCCUAAACAUCCUCACUGGUGGUGUCAACAAGAGUCCUCUUAACAAAUUCUACUUCCUCGAGGCAUCCACCGACGGCAUCCCCAACGCGCGCAACCCAUCGCGAUGGACCUUCUUUGCCAUCUGCGGCUCUGACCCAUCAUCCGGCAACAAUGCCAACUGCGGCUCACCUGUCCCGGCGCUGCCAUUUGACCCGCCCAGGAACUUUGGCACCCAGCAAAACAUCCCCGAGCAGUUCAUCGGUACACACCAGUACUACUAUCUGUCUCGUUUCAUGUUCGCUUUCUACUUGAUCGCCCUCUUCUUCGCUGCCAUCGCUCUCAUCUCCGGUCUACUUGCUCUCUGCAGCCGCCUUGGAGGAUACCUCUCCUCUUUGAUGACAUUUGUCGCUCUGUUCUUCCAGACGCUCGCUGCAGCUCUCAUGACCGCAUGGGUAGUCAAGGGUCGUGACGCUUUCCGUUCCGCUGGUUUCGAAGCACGCAUCGGAAGAUACCUCAUGGGUUUCACCUGGGCUGCCGUUGCCUGCUACUUCCUAGCUACCGUCAUGUUCUGCCUUGGUGGCCGUCUCGGAGGCGAUCGCUCUUCCAGCAUGCGCCGAACACGCUCUACCAAGUCAAACCGCAGCCGAGGUAGCUUCUUGGACACUGAAUCUCAACGCAAGACCAGGGAUUACUCUCCUUAAACUGGAACCGGAUGUAUAGGAGGACCAUGAGACUGAAGAAUGGCCAUGUGGAGGAACAUUGAUUUUUUACGCAACGAUAUCCACGAUUUGAUUUUGUAAUGCACGAACAUAAUACCAUGUUAUAG